GAGUAUUCCAAAACCUUCCCACACGAAUGCACCCUUUGGACAUUCAAAACCUUCGAGGCUACUUGCAUUCUUCGUACCUCUCAUACCAGAGAAGAAUACUUCGUUUGCGAGUCGGAUAUCCAUGACUCAAGACAACACGAUGGACCUUUUCAAGUACCUGAACGCUGAUCCGUCAUUCAUUAUGAACUUGCUUGGGAGACCAGACUACUGGGCGCCGCAAACACGGUGGACGUCCGAUAGCAAUAGCAACAUAUUGGCUUGUGACUUCUACUGGGCACCUCUAUCAGUAUACAUGCGUUACGACGCGGCAUCGCAUCUCACAACCUAUAUCAUAUCCCACAAGGAAGGAGACUCGAGUAUCCAAGCCCUGCAAAACAUUUUCAACCUCACCAUCGAAACGGCACCAGCAGAGCAAAGGGCACGUAUACUGCUCGACGAUCCAUUCGACCUCGCCGUCAUUCUUUCCACAUUGUCGUUCGAGGCCUCGAAGAAUCACGCCCAGCGAUUCCGGCGAUACAUGUGGACCCAGAUCAACAAGGUCGACGACCAUCUCGCGGGGCUUGAAACCAACGACCGCCGCAAACUAGGAGAACUUACCGAGGAGUUGCAAAUCAUCUCCCAAAACGCGGAUUCGCAUCUGGGCAAUGCCGACGUCGCCAUCAUCACAGCAACUGGCAUCCGCACGGCGCAUGCUCACUUGCAUGAAGCCAUGGGUAGCCCGGCGCGGGUGUUUGAGCGCGCGGCCGACUCGAUCACAUAUGUCAUUGAGUCCAUGCAGAAGCAGAAGAUAUGGUUUCUCAACUACAAGAACCGCAAGGAUAGCACGAUGGCGCUGGUGUAUAACCUUGUGACGCAGCAGGAUGCAGCGAGUAACAUACAAUUGGCGGCUAGUAUGAAACGAGAUAGUACCAGUAUGAAUGCGAUUGCUGCGUUGACAAUGGUCUUUCUACCUGGGACAUUCAUCGCGACAAUCCUAAGCGCUGGGAGCUUCAACGGUGGUGGUGAUAACAUGCGGUUUGAAUCGACAGCGGUAUGGUGGCUCUGGGCUGCAAUAACAGUGCCUCUCACACUGGUUGUCAUGUCCAGUUGGUGGCUCUAUAAGAAGCAGAACGACAAGGUACGCCCAGCGCCGGUGCCUAAGGAGGAGGAGGAGGAUGGGAUCCCAGUGAAGAAGAGAGGAACGUUCCGCUCUAUGAGUUUCUCGUCAUGGAGCCGACGAGGCAGUGCGUCUGGCAAGGUCUGAUGCAGACUGAGUGUCAGUAGCCUGCACUUCUCGUCGCCGGAUACUGUACUGAUUGAUGACGUAUGAUAAUCUCGAGCGCAAGGAUCUCACCACAUUAGGACCUUUCGUCGGUAAUAGUUCCUAUGUAACAUAGAUAUUCCAACAAUGAAUAUACUAAUUUGCCA